AUGACGAAAAUCAGUGUCAAGUGGGGGAAGCAACUAUUCUCGGAUAUCAUCAUCGAGAAGGAUUCAUCCGUAGGUGAAUUAAAAGCAAAACUUUAUGAGCUAACGUCUGUACCAGUAGAACGUCAAAAACUCAUGUCCAAGGCAUGGAAAGGAAUGCUCAAAGAUGAGGUCAAUCUAUUCACAUUAGAUACAUUUGUAGAUGGACUUUGUAUCAUGCUUAUGGGUUCAGCUCACGUGGUAGAGAAACCAAAAGAACCUAUUGUCUUUAUUGAAGAUAUGACGACAAAGGAUAUUGCAAUGACUGGUACCGUGUACCCUGCAGGUCUUGUGAAUUUGGGGAAUACGUGCUAUCUGAAUGCGACAUUACAGUGUUUACGUCCAGUUGAAGAACUACGUGAUGCAUUAAUGAUACUACAAUCUCCUUCUACUGGAACAUCCAUGGAUUUAGCCACUAGUUUUUCAACAGCAUUACGAGACAUGUAUGGCCAAUUGGACAGUAAUGUUGAGAGCAUUACACCUUCCAUGUUUGUAACCGUAUUACGUCGUGCAUAUCCACAAUUUGCACAGCAAUCACCUCGUACUGGAGGCUACAUGCAGCAAGAUAGUGAAGAGUUUUUAUCAACACUCUUUGCUACCUUACAACAGACAUUGACACAACCAGCAGGUGGACUCAAGUCGCUUGGACCGACGUCAAAUGUCGUGGAUGCACUGUUUGGAAUGGAAAUGGAUGAGACCAUUGAGUGUACGGAAAGCAUUAAGAUUGGACUUGAAGGCACGAUUGAGAAAUACUCGGACGUUUUGGAACGUAAUGCGAUAUGGAAGAAAAUAUUGCGGAUAAGCCGUUUGCCCAAGUACCUGUGUGUGCAAUUCAUGCGCUUUUACUGGAAAACAACACCAGAAAGUCGCGACCAUGCUGGUGUCAAGUGUAAGAUGCUGAGGCCCAUCACUUUUCCCAUGACGCUGGACGUCUAUGAUUUCUGCUCCGACGAUUUGAAGGCGACAAUGAAGAUUUCACGUGACAGGAAUGCGGAAAAGAUUUUAAAUGAGUUCAAGGAGAAGAAAGAGGUGCUUGCGCUCUUUCGUUGGGUGCCAAGUCGCCUGGCGUUGAACUUCCUGUUGAUUUCCAAGGAAAUUACGAGCUCUACGCAAUUUUGA